GCAGGCUUGCGCGCUGGCGCCCGCGGGGGCAUGAGCCCCGAGCUGCUGCUGCUGCUCACAUUCGGGUCGGUGCAGGCCGCCCAUGUCGAGGCCAACGCCCGCUCGUGCACAGGGGGCUGCUGCUGGAACCCGUACAACCUCAUCGGCGCCCCCCGCCUGGGCGAGGUCAGCCCCGUCCCGCGCCUGGCCAGCGUGGUCACCCUGCCUGGCGCGGCAGCCAAGGACUGCGCGUUCUUCCCGUGCGGCAAUACCUUCGUGGGCAACUCUGGGGUCAGCCAGAUCGACUACAUCCUCAUCCCCACGGCGACCCGCACGCUGGUUUGCUGGGCGACCACGUGGAGGCGGGAUGCGCAGGAAGGGCGGGAAAUGGCAGCGGUGCUCGACCACACCCCGAUCGUGCUGAAGAUGAAGAUGGCGCCGCCGGGUGCGGACGAGGCUGCCGUGAAAGGCGCAGUGUACUGCACCCAACAGAUCAAGGCGUUGAAGGUGCUGACCAGCCACUGCAAGCACAUGUUUGAGGCCCGCCUGGUGUACAUGGAGGGCGCGCAGGCCGAAUAUGGGCAACUGCGGGGUAUGGCUGUGGCCCCGUGGAUGGCGAGGUCGCUUGCUGGGGCGGGCAUCGGCAUCAAGAACUGCAACCACUGCGUGCACCCGCCCCUUGCCCAGGAGUGGUGCGCCCCCUUGCUGUGGCCACUGGUGGCGGGUGGCCGCGGGGGGGUGUGCGUGACCGUCCCGAGGCGCGCGGAGGUGCUGGGCGAACGGUACGACCUUCUCGCCCACGACUACGCCCCCCCAGACGCCUACGAGGUCACCUACCCCAUGCGCAUGAUGGCCCAGGAGGACCCCAAGCGCACGAGGGCCUGCGGCUGCGCCAUCAGGAUCUACAAAAGAAGGGUCGGGAAGAACGCCCUGCGGAGCCGCGACGCGUGCAUCCAGCUGCUGAAGUGGGCCCUGGCGGAGUAUGCGGGCAUCUCACAGCGCUACACACCAAUGACAAGCAUGGACCUCAUUGCGUCGAGGUGGUCGGCCCCAGUCGAGCUGUUCAAGAUCUCCUUCAGCCCCAUCUGGACCAGCAUAUUGAAGGACUACUGGACGAAGACGGCUGGCUUGCGCCUGCACCCUGCCCCUGUGUGGGGCGGGGGCCAGGGGAUGGCGGCUCCCUACGCGCAGGACCAGCGCGGGCACCUGGUCAAGCGCGGCGGGGCCCCGCUGCCCCACGGCUUCGCGCCCGACAAGAAGAUUUGGACACGGGGGCUUGCUGGGCGGCGGUUGCCCCAUGCCAUGUGCCCUCGGUGGGUGGCAUGGAGUGGCGCGUGGGCGAGCUUGCCGUUGCUGCGCAAGAGCUACGACGCGAUGAGCGCCACCGCCUACGGCCUGAUGGCCGAGCGGGGGGGGGGCACCCGCGAGAGGCAGGUGGCGGACCCUGAGCCCGAGGCGAGGGGCAGCGCUUUCGCCGCGCACAUCACGAGCGGCGGAGGGGGGGGCAUGGGCGACACGUCGGAGCCUGUGAUUUCCAUGCGCAACUACAGCCACGCCGCCUGGAGUGGGGCUGACUUCGAACGCGGCCAGUGCAGCAGUGACACCAGCAUCAUGGUCGGACGCGUCACGGCCGUGGACGCACGUUCGGGUACUUUCAUGGACGACAUCACCAAGGCGCGGCUGGCCCCAGCGGUCGUGGUCGGGGCGCCCCCGGCAAAUGACCUCUACCACGGCCUGGCUUGGGUGACGAGGGGCUACGAGCAGAAUCAGACGCAGG